UUUCAAUGUCAGACAUGACAUGAACGCAGUUCUACUUAUUUUUUGUUAUGUUGAACACGUUAGAAUAUGUAGCCUUCUUGGCUAUAUUGCUAAGUUGCUAUGCGGAUGUAGCGAUCUCUGUUGCAUCUCCGUCGUCAUUUUCAUCUUAUGGUUCAAGAGCUCCUGCAGAAAAUCAUAGUUCUUCACAUGCAAAUCAACAUCCAUAUGGUCAUCAUCCCAUUGUGUGUGGACCGAAUGAAGUUAUUGAUGGUUGUGCUAAUGGAGGUUGCGGAAUAUUCAAUUGUACUCAAUUAGGAACAGGAGGAAUUUGUAUUGACCUGAUAGAAGGUGCUUGCAGAACAGGGUGCAAAUGUAUAGAAAAUCAUGCCCGCAACGAGCAAGGAUUUUGUGUUCAUAUCACAGAAUGCCCAAUACCCCCGUGCGGCGUUAACGAAGUAUUUGAUUUCUGUCCGUCUCCCUGCUCACAAAGAGAAUGCGGUGUUGAUGAGAGUGUAACGUGUCCGGAUCCACCCAAGCUUGGUGACAGCGAUUGCAGUCCAAGCUGUCAAUGUAAAGAAAAGUUCUGUCGUAACCAGAAUGGGUUGUGCGAACCUAAACAGAAUAUCAUCAAAUGUAAAGCAAAUGAAAAAUAUGUUAAAAAUAUAAACGAAGAGUGCAAACCAAGAAAAUGCAGCGAAUUGGGUUAUCCUUUGGAUUGUUACGAACAAUUCGAAACUAAUGACAAUUCUGGUCCACCUGGUUGUGUAUGCAUUGACGGAUAUGUAUUAAAUGAAUAUGGAAUGUGUAUACCAAUAGAAGAAUGCCCUUCAUGUGGCGGAGAUUUUAACGCAACAGCUGGCUGUGGAACGUUUUGUACAACAUGUGAUAAUUACCAACAACAUGGUGUUCCUUGUCCACUAAUUUGUGAACUGAACGGUUGUGAUUGUAAGCCUAAUAACGUAUAUGAUGAAAUUCUUAGAAAGUGUGUUCUACCUGAAAACUGUUCGAAAUGUAAAGCAAAUGAAAAGUAUGUUAAAAAUAUAAACGAGGAGUGCAAACCAAGAAAAUGCAGUGAAUUGGGUUAUCCUUUAGAUUGUUACCAUCAUUCUAAAACUUAUGACAAUUCUGGUCCACCUGGUUGUGUAUGCAUUGACGGAUAUGUAUUAAAUGAAUAUGGAAUGUGUAUACCAAUAGAAGAAUGCCCGGAAUGUAAAGCAAAUGAAAAGUAUGUGAAAAAUAUAAACGAGGAGUGCAAACCAAGAAAAUGCAGUGAAUUGGGUUAUCCUUUGGAUUGUUACCAUCAUUCUACAACCUAUGACAAUUCUGGUCCACCUGGUUGUGUAUGCAUUGACGGAUAUGUAUUAAAUGAAUAUGGAAUGUGUAUACCAAUAGAAGAAUGCCCUUCAUGUGGUGGAGAUUUUAACGCAACAGCUGGCUGUGGAACGUUUUGUACAACAUGUGCUAAUUACCAACAACACGGUGUUGCUUGUGCACAAGUUUGUGAACUGAACGGUUGUGAGUGUAAGCCUAACAACGUAUAUGAUGAAAUUCUUAAAAAGUGUGUUCUACCUGAAAACUGUUACAAAUGUUCAGGUAAACAUGAAGUUUUUGACGAAUGUCCACAAACAUGCCCGCCUCAAAUAUGUUCUAGUAUCUGGUCGAAAUACGCACCCUGUAACCCGAAACACGCAGUAUGCACUCCUUCUUGCGUAUGUGAGAAUGGCUAUUAUAAAAAUCUAAAUAAUGAGUGUACAUCUACUGAAGAUUGCUUGAAAUGUACAGGACCCCAUGAAUAUUACUCUUGCGGUGGAGCAUGUGACAAUGAAUGUUAUAACUUAAGUCAACAAAACCAAACACACUGUCCCAUCGUAAAUAUCAAAUGCAACGAAAAAUGCUAUUGUGAAUAUGGUUAUGCGAGAAAUGUUGAUCAUGAAUGCAUACCAAUUAGCCAAUGUCCACCGGAAUGUAAAGCAAAUGAAAAGUAUGUGAAAAAUAUAAACGAGGAGUGCAAACCAAGAAAAUGCAGUGAAUUGGGUUAUCCUUUGGAUUGUUACUAUCAUUCUACAACUUAUGACAAUUCUGGUCCACCUGGUUGUGUAUGCAUUGACGGAUAUGUAUUAAAUGAAUAUGGAAUGUGUAUACCAAUAGAAGAAUGCCCUUCAUGUGGCGGAGAUUUUAAUGCAACAGCUGGCUGUGGAACGUUUUGUACAACAUGUGCUAAUUACCAACAACACGGUGUUGCUUGUGCACAAGUUUGUGAACUGAACGGUUGUGAGUGUAAGCCUAACAACGUAUAUGAUGAAAUUCUUAAAAAGUGUGUUCUACCUGAAAACUGUUCGAAAUGUAAAGCCAAUGAAAAGUAUGUUAAAAAUAUAAACGAGGAGUGCAAACCAAGAAAAUGCAGCGAUUUGGGUUAUCCUUUGGAUUGCUACCAUCAUUCUAAAACUUAUGACAAUUCUGGUCCACCUGGUUGUGUAUGCAUCGACGGAUAUGUUUUAAAUGAAUAUGGACUUUGUAUACCAAUAGAAGAAUGCCCUUCAUGUGGUGGAGAUUUUAACGCAACAGCUGGCUGUGGAACGUUUUGUACAACAUGUGCUAAUUACCAACAACACGGUGUUGCUUGUGCAGAAGUUUGUGAACUGAACGGUUGUGAGUGUAAGCCUAACAACGUAUAUGAUGAAAUUCUUAAAAAGUGUGUUCUACCUGAAAACUGUUCGAAAUGUAAAGCCAAUGAAAAGUAUGUUAAAAAUAUAAACGAGGAGUGCAAACCAAGAAAAUGCAGCGAUUUGGGUUAUCCUUUGGAUUGCUACCAUCAUUCUAAAACUUAUGACAAUUCUGGUCCACCUGGUUGUGUAUGCAUCGACGGAUAUGUUUUAAAUGAAUAUGGACUUUGUAUACCAAUAAAAGAAUGCCCGUCAUGUGGAGGGGUCGUUACACCAACAUCUGGAUGUGGGACUUUCUGUACAACGUGCUCUAAUUACAUCACGAUAUAUCCUCAUAUCUGUGUUUUAUUCGGUUGCGAUUGUAAACCUCAUUUCGUUUAUAAUGAAGUAAUUGGAGAGAUUGUUCAACCAGAAAACUCUUCAUGCUAUCCACAAAUUGCACCAACAACUGCACCAUGUCAGAAGAAUGAAGUCUUCGAUCUCUGUCCAUCAAAAUGUCCUCCAAAGCGCUGCGAUGUUAAUGAAACAUUAAUAAGGUGUAAGAAACCUCCAGAGUUGGGAGAUAAAGAAUGUGAGCCAGGCUGUCGAUGUGCUGAUAGCUUUUACAGAAAUUGGGAAGGAUUAUGUGUCCCCAAGGAACAGUGUGAAAGUUGUAAGAGUAUCUACGAAGUGUAUGAUAAAUGUCCCGUAACAUGUCCACCACAAACUUGUUUUAGUAUUAUUGCUAAGUUCAAAUGUGCGCCGGAGCCAUCAAUUUGUAAGCCAUCGUGCAGGUGUAAGCCAGGGUACUACAGAAAUGAAAUAAAUGAGUGCAUAUCUGCUGAUGACUGUCAAAAAUGCCACGGAAAAAAUCAGUAUCUGGAUCACUGUAUCAAUUCGUAUUGUGAUUCUCAAAGUUGUGAGAAUGUUGGUAAAACAAGAACUAAAUGCUUCUUGCCAAGAAUACCAUGCAGAAAAGGUUGUCGGUGUCAGAAAGGAUAUUACAAAAAGAAUAAUACUGGAGACUGUAUUACCCCACAACAAUGUUUAGAGUAAGGAAAUAAGAAGCGUAGUGUGGCAGUUUUUAAAUAAUUAAAUUGAAUGACAAAAGAUCAAA